AUGAAAGAUAGAGCUGGUAAUUGGAUCAAGGGGGAAAGAGAGAUAGCGGAGUUUAUUAGAAAUGGAUAUGUUGAAUUAUUUUCAUCUAGUCACAGCCAUGCUAUCCGCUCUAACUGGGAUUCGCCCUUUUGGCAUAGUUAUCUUGUUGAUUCAGAAGCUGAAAAGCUUACUCUCCCAGUCUCUGAUGAAGAUAUCAAGGCUGGUCUUUGGUUUCUUAAGGCUUUCAAGGCCUCGAGUUUCGAUGGCCUUCACGCGGGAUUUUUCCAUCGCUUUUUGUUGUUGGUGGGUGACUCAGUAAGAGACAAAGUGAAAAAUAUUUUUACCUCCGGGAAGAUACCUGAGUACCUGAACCAGACGAUCAUCACCCUUAUUCCCAAAUGCAAGAACCUUGAAGCUUUCAAUCACUAUUGUCCAAUUAGGUUAUGCAAUAUGGUUUAUAAAAUUGAAUCUAAUUGGUUUGACCAGUUUAAUUAUGAGGAUUAA